AUGGUGUCAGUGGUGGAAGAGCCCUUUGAUGUUAAGGGCUCUUUGUCCAUGCAGCUCACCAGUAGGGACAGAGGGGGGAGUGGGGGAGGCAGCCGAGAUGUUUGUGAGCCAGUUAUCUGCUUCAUCCCGGUCCACACCUCCCUCACGUUGUUCUACUGGAGUUUGGCCUCCAGCUUCCUCCUGCAGCUGUUGGUGGUUCAAGAAGAGGUUCCCCCUGAGCAGCAGGAGUGGAGCUCCAGUCUGGAACAGGAUGACCCAGAGCCCGCACACAUUAAAGAGGAACAGGAGGACCCAGAGCCCCCACACAUUAAAGAGGACCAGGAGGACCCAGAGCCCCCACGCAUUAAAGAGGAGCAGGAGGAACUCUGGAUCAGUCAGGAGGGAGAGCAGCUUCAAGGGCUGGAGGAGGCCGAUGUCAAGUUCUCAUUCACUCCUGUGAAGAGUGAAGAUGAUGAAGAGGAAGCUCAGUCCUCACAGCUUCAUCAAAGACAAACUGAACAGAUGGAAACAGAUGCUGAUGGGGAAGACUGUGGAGGACCAGAACCAGGCAGGAACUCAGAUCCAGAUAGACAUCCAGAACCAGAUACUGAUGACAAUGGAGACUCUUCUGACACUGAUGUCAGUGAUGAACCUCAGUCAGGUUUGAACUCUUUGAAACCUGAUGAAGUUCAUGUCAGUGAUUCAAGAUGUAGUGCUGGUGAGAAACUAUUUACAUGUUCUGAGUGUGGGAAAACCACUGGCAGAAGUGGAAAUCUGAAGAGACACAUGAGAAUCCACACAGGAGAGAAACCUUACAGCUGCUCAGUUUGUAAGGAAUCUUUUAAGCAGGGUUCAACUUUAAAGAAACACAUGAGAAUCCACAAAGGAGUGAAACCUUUCAGCUGCUCCGUCUGUAAGGAAUCUUUUAACCAGGGUUCACAUUUACAGAUACACAUGAGAACCCACACAGGAGAGAAAUCUUACAGCUGCUCAGUUUGUAAGAAAUCUUUUCAGUAUUGUUCAACUUUAAAGAAACACAUGCGAAUUCACACAGGAGAGAAACCUUACAGCUGCUCAGUUUGUAAGAAAUAUUUUAACCAUUGUUCAACUUUAAAGACACACAUGAGAACCCACACAGGAGAGAAACCUUACAGCUGCUCAGUUUGUAAGAAAUCUUUUAUCCAGUGUUCACAUUUACAGAUACACAUGAGAAUCCACACAGGAGAGAAACCCUACAGCUGCUCAGUUUGUGAGAAAUCUUUUAACCAUUGUUCAAAUUUAAAGAUGCACAUGAGAACCCACACAGGAGAGAAACCUUACAGCUGCUCAGUGUGUGAUGCAAGAUUUCGGCACAAGUCGGCUCUGAAGUUGCACAUAAUUACUCAUACAAGAGACAACAGGCUUUAGUGGUUCUGUUUGUAUACAAAAGGUAAAUCUGACACACCACAUGGCACAUAACACAGGGGAAGAAAUAUGGUGCUUUUUUCCUAUCUUUAUUCAAAAGCAUGUUUUAAUUUGAGAGCGUUGUUUAUUGAGUCCACGUUCAGAUUUUGAAUCGUUUCCCUCAAAACCCUGUCCUCACACACAAUUAGCCCCCGCUUGCUAUUAGUGACACAAUAAACCUUUAUUGCUCUGAGAGAUCCAUGCUUUGUUUAAGGUGACGCCUCCUCACGUUGGCAGGGAGCUUAGUACUGUCUUUUGUUUGAUCCAGUAGACUAAUUGAGUUUUUAUUUUCGAGUUAGUGUUGGUUUUCUAGAGGAGUCCGGGGAACGCUCACCUGGAAGAAAAUGUUGUUGUGAACUGUUGCACCCUUGUUGCUAUAUUGAGAGCCGUGCGGAGGCAAUCCUUCAAUCAUAAAUUUGUUCUGAGUUUAUAAUUCAGAAUAGGGCUGGGUGGUAUGACCAAAAAUGCAUAUCACGGUAUUUUGUACGACUCUGGCAGUUUCACGGUAAUUUUUCAGUUUCACGCGUUAAAGCAUUCAUUAAUUAACGCCAAAAAGAAAGGGCUGGCCAGCGAGCGGUGAACAGCUGUUUGUGUGGCGUGUCUUCCAUUCCAUCACUUCCUGUUUCCUUCACCUACAUUCCCCUGGGUCCUAAACCCCUCCAUGGAAAGAAACGGGAUUAGACUGUAGGAUUUAGUUGUUAGUAGGUGUUGUUUAGGUUUAUUUCUUUAGAUAUAUAUAACAUUUUAUUUUAUUAUCAGAACAGUGAAGAAAAGGUUACCCUGAAAAUACACACUCCAGUACAGUAGGUGGCGGUAUGCACCUAUGCAAGUUGGUUGCAAUCCGCCAAUGGAAUUUAAAGAAGAAGAAGCCCCUCCAUGUACAGCUUCUUAUCACGUCUAUGUACCAACGUACAUUUA